AUGAGCAGCAUCAACCCCCUUCCAAUUCUCCUUUCCCUUGGCCUGCUAUUCACCAUAACUAAUGCAGCCACCUUUGAUGUUGUAAACCAAUGCACCUACACUGUCUGGGCUGCAGCUUCACCCGGUGGAGGCCGACGUUUGGACCCUGGCCAAACAUGGAACCUCAAUGUCGCACCUGGCACCACCAUGGCUCGCAUUUGGGGCCGAACUAAUUGUAACUUUGAUGCCAAUGGUCAGGGCCAAUGUGAAACAGGUGAUUGCAACCGAAGGCUGGAAUGCCAAGGCUACGGCUCUCCACCAAAUACCUUAGCCGAAUUUGCAUUAAACCAACCCAACAACUUAGACUUUCUCGAUAUCUCUCUUGUUGAUGGGUUCAACAUCCCACUGGACUUCAGUCCAACCUCCAGUGCCUGCCGAGGAAUCCGGUGUGCCGCCAAUAUCAACGGUGAGUGCCCUACUGAGUUGCGGACUACUGGUGGCUGCAACAACCCGUGUACGGUUUUUAAGACCAAUGAAUAUUGUUGCACUGAUGGACCUGGAAGUUGUAAUGCAACUGAUUUCUCCAGGUUCUUCAAACAAAGGUGCCCCGAUGCUUAUAGCUAUCCACAAGAUGAUCCAACCAGCACUUUCACUUGCCCUGCAGGUACCAACUACAGGGUUACAUUUUGUCCAUGA